AUGUCAAAUAAAAAAGGAUUAGGCAGAAAUCAAUUAGAAUUUAACAAAGAUGCAAUGACACCAAAAUUUCUACAAAAUCUAAAAAGAAAUACUGAAGUUGAUAUUAGUGCUAAAUUUAAAGAAUAUGUAGAGAAAGAUGAUGAUAAUUUAGCACCAGAUCAACCUGAUGAUUUUGAACAAGAAGCUAUUCAAAAGGCUAUUGAGGAUGAAAAAAAAUCAGAAAAACUAUUUAAUGAAAAGCAGAAAGAAGAGGAAGAAGAAAAGAGAAAACAUAUCGAAGAAGAAAGAAAUAAAAGAAUUGAAGAGGACAGAAUCGAGGAAGAACAGGCUAGAUUAGAAGGAAGAGAACGUAAAAUAUUAUUUCAAAAACCCACAGCUUCGAUGGUUACAAAGUCAAAACUUAAAGAUACCUCUCAAAAUAAUUUAAAAAAAACAACAGAAUCAGUUAAAAAAACAAUUUUAAAUAAUAAUAGUAAUAAUACCACAUCAACCAAAUCCAAAAUAGAUUCAAUCAAAUCAAAUAAAAAGAAAAAACCAGAAAGUAUGUUAUCAUUUAGUAUGGAUGAUGGAGAAGAAGAAAACUAA